GAAAGACAAGACUCAAAAUAGAAAGUAGGGCUACAUGCAGUCAUGGCUCCUUGGACGAGGACCACCACGGAGCGGUAUGGUGUAGUCACGUGGAACUUUAUCGGCAACGGAGAGACGCAGCUUUCCCUCGAGAUCGGAGAUGCGGUCCAGAUCCAGGAGGUCUGCGAUGGAUGGUACAGAGGCUGCUUGGUUAGGAACAAUGCCCAACGGGGAGCGUUCCCUGCCAGUUAUGUUCAUCUCAAGGAGGUCGUCAUUGAAAAACAAGGAGAUCAGGAGCUAGUGAUGUCUGCAGAGAUGCCUUUGGUAAAGGAGGUUACCACCACAUUGCGGGAGUGGGGAAGCAUAUGGAAGCAACUCUUUGUGGCCAAUAAACGGAGGCGUGUGAAGCAGGUCCAGAGGCUGAUGUGUGAGCUGAUGGAGUGGCGUUCCCAGCUCCUGUCUGGCACUCUGCCCAGUGACGAAUUCAAGGAGCUCAAGCAGAAAGUCACAUCCAAGAUUGACUAUGGCAACAAGAUCCUGGAGCUGGACCAGGUGGUUCGAGAUGACAAUGGUAACAUCUUAGACCCAGAACGGGCGAGUGUCAUCAGUCUGUUUCGGGCCCACGAGGAAGCCACAGCCAAGAUUAAUGAGCGCAUCAAAGAGGAGCAAUCCAACAUCCAGACGGACCACAGCGGGAUCUCAGCACGAAUCCAGUCCUCACCCACCCACAGCCUCUACGUCUUCGUCAGGAACUUUGUCUGUCGCAUCGGAGAGGACUCGGAGCUCUUCAUGUCCCUCUAUGACCCCGUCAAACAGGCCAUCAUCAGUGAGAACUAUUUGGUACGUUGGGGCAGUAAAGGAUUCCCAAAGGAGAUUGACAUGCUCAACAACCUGAAGGUUGUCUUUACAGACCUUGGGAACAAGGACCUGUGCAGAGAGAAGAUUUACCUGAUCUGUCAGAUCGUGAGAGUUGGCAGGAUGGACCUAAAAGAGACAAACAACAAGAAAUGCACUCAAGGCCUGAGGAGGCCGUUCGGGGUGGCAGUGAUGGACAUUAGUGAUCUCAUCAAAGGGAAGGUCGAAUGCGAUGAGGAGAAACAGUUCUUCAUCCCCUUCUUCCCGGUCGUUGCUGAGAAUGACUUUCUCCACUCCUUGCUGAACAAAGUGACCGCAUUGCGAGGAGACAGUGGUGGACAAGGUCUGUGGGUGACCAUGAAGGCUCUGGUCGGGGACAUAGUCCAGAUCCGAAAGGAGUACCCUCACCUGGUGGACCGCAGCACGGCGGUGGCCCGCAAGCUGGGCUUCCCAGAGAUCAUUAUGCCGGGAGAUGUUCGCAAUGACAUCUACCUCACCUUACAGGGCGGAGACUUUGACAAAUACAACAAGACAACACAGAAGAACGUGGAGGUCAUCAUGUGGGUCUGCGAUGAGGAGGGCAAGGUCAUUCAGAACUCUAUCUGUCUAGGAGCAGGGGACAGGGUGGUCAGUGAGUACAGAUCCGUCAUCUACUACCAAAUCAAACAGCCCCGCUGGAUGGAGACAAUUAAGGUGGCAGUCCCUCUGGAAGAAAUGCACAAAAUUCAUUUACGCUUCAUGUUCAGACACCGCUCUUCUCAGGAGUCCAAGGACAAGAGUGAAAAGAACUUUGCCAUGGCCUUUGUGCGUCUGAUGAAGGAAGACGGGACAGUUCUUCAAGAUGGGCUGCAUGACCUUGUCAUCUUCAAGGGUGACAGCAAGCGCAUGGAGGAUGUGAACUGCUACUUGUCGUUGGCCUCGACCCGCCAUCACCACGGUGACACCCACAAGGUGGCGGCGUUGAACCGCAGCUCCAGCAACGUGUCGGGGAGCGGAGGCCUUUCAGUCAGCUCGAGAGACAGCUUCAGCAUCUCCACCCUGGUGUGCUCCACCAAACUCACACAGAACGUGGGCCUGCUGGGCCUGCUCAAGUGGAGGACACGACCCGAACUCCUCAGAGAAAACCUGGAGAAGCUCAAAGUAAUCGAUGGAGAGGAGGUGGUCAAGUUUCUGCAGGACACUCUGGACGCCUUGUUCAACAUCAUGAUGGAGAACUCUCAGAGUGACGACUACGACAUCCUCGUGUUUGACGCCUUGAUACACAUCAUCGGUCUGAUCGCUGACAGAAAGUUCCAGCACUUCAAUACAGUGUUGGAGGCCUACAUCAAGCAGCAUUUCAGCGCUACACUGGCCUACAAAAAGCUGAUGUCGGUGUUGAGGAGGUAUCUGGAUGUGUCCAGCCGAGGUGAACAGUGUGAGCCCAUCCUCCGAACCCUUAAAGCCCUCGAGUAUAUCUUCAAGUUCAUCGUCCGCUCACGCAUGCUCUACUCCCAGCUGUAUGAGGGGAAGGAGCAGGAGGAGUUUGAAGAGUCACUGAAGAAGCUUUUUGACUCCAUCAACAGCCUGAUGAGAACAGACUACAACACCACUCUGCUGCUCAGGGUUGCUGCUCUGAAGUACCUGCCAACAGUCCUGCAUGAUGUUGAGAAAGUGUUUGAUGCCAAACUCCUCAGUGAGCAGCUGCAUGACUUUUAUUCCUGCAUCCCUCCUGAGAAACUACAGAAACAGAAGGUGACCUCCAUGACUGAAAUUGUCAGCAGCCAACUCUUCCAGAGACAAGAGUGCCGUGAUGUGUUGUUACCCAUGAUGCUGCGGGAGCUGAGCGGGGCACUGGCCAGUAUGGCUGACGGGCCUCAUGACGAGAGGAGAAACAGUCUGGAGCUGCUCAACAACAUCCUGGAGGUCCUGAGCAGGGACAAUGUGGGGGACACAUUUCAACACAUCCAGGACAUUGUGGUGUCUCUGUUGAGGAUCAUCAUCCGGACAGUCAUCACAAUGGGUCGCGAGCAUGCUCUAAUCUCCAGAGUGGUCGCCUGCAUGACGGCUAUCCUCAGUCAGAUGAAUGAUCGUCACUAUGAUACAUACAUUGAAACCUUUGCUGGAUCCUCUGAUCUAGUGGACUUCCUGAUGGAGUCCUUCCUCCUUUUCAAGGACCUGAUUGGUAAACAUGUGUACCCCUCUGACUGGAUGGCCAUGAUCAUGGUACAGAACAGAGUGUUCCUGCGAGCCAUCAACACCUAUGCAGACACAAUGAACCAAAAGUUCCUCAAUAACGACGACUUUGAAGUCCAGUUGUGGAAUAACUACUUCCACUUGGCGGUGGCGUUUAUUACCCAGGAGUCUCUGCAGCUUCAGCACUUCUCAUCAACCAAGAGGAACAAGAUUCUGGCCAAAUAUGGAGAUAUGAGAGGACUCAUUGGAUUUGCUAUACGGGACAUCUGGUACAAACUAGGAAGUCAUAAGAUCUGUUUCAUCCCCGGCAUGGUGGGUCCCAUCCUGGAGAUGACUUUGAUCCCAGAAGAAGAGCUGAGGAGGGCCACCAUCCCCAUCUUCUUCGACAUGAUCACCUGUGAACAAGCACAUUCUGGAGACUUUCACAAGUUUGAGAAUGAGAUCAUUCUGAAGUUGGACCAUGAGGUGGAGGGUGGAGGAGGAGACGAGCAAUACAUGCAGCUACUGGAGACCAUCCUGCUGGACUGUGCUGAAGAGAAACCCACGCUGAGGCCACAGGUGCACCACUUUGUCACCUUGGUGAAGGGACUCCUGAUUCGUCUCCUUGACUACCGUACCGUGAUGAACGAUGAAAGCCGCAACAACCGCAUGAGCUGCACCGUCAACCUUCUGAACUUCUACAAGGACAUCAACCGUGAAGGGAUGUACAUCAGGUACCUUUACAAGUUGAGGGACCUUCAUCUGGAGGGUGAAAACUACACCGAGGCAGCAUACACACUGCUGCUCCACUCUCGUCUGCUCAAGUGGUUAGAUGAGAUGUGCGGCCCUCAGUUUGAGUCCCACGGCUCGCAAACCCAGCGGCAGCUCAAAGAAACGCUCUACGACACCAUCAUCGAGUACUUCGACAAGGGCAAGAUGUGGGAGGAGGCCAUCACUCUGUGUAAGGAACUAGCUGAGCAGUACGAAAACGAGAUCUUUGACUACGAGUUACUCAGCAAGAGACUGGAGAAGCAAGCCAAGUUCUAUGAAAACAUUAUGAAGAUCUUGAGGCCCAAACCAGACUACUUUGCAGUGGGCUACUACGGCCAUGGCUACCCUCCAUUCCUCAGGAACAAGGUGUUUAUCCACCGUGGCAAGGAGUACGAACGCAGGGAGGACUUUCAGAACCAGCUGAUGAGCCAGUUCCCCAGCGCCGUGCGCCUCAACACCACCACCAUCCCAGGAGAUGACGUCAGGAGCUCUCCGCUGCAGUAUAUCCAGUGUUUCACAGUGAGGCCGGUCCUGGAGAUUCCUCCUCGCCUGAAGAGCAAACCGGUUCCCGACCAGAUUAUCAACUUCUACAAAUCCAACUACGUGCAGCGUUUCCACUACUCCAGACCCGUGAGGAAAGGACCCGUGGACCCCAACAACGAGUUUGUUUCGAUGUGGAUUGAACGCACAACCUUCACCACCGUGUAUAAGCUGCCGGGGAUCCUGCGCUGGUUUGAGGCGACUGACAUGAAACAUACGACCUUGUCUCCGUUGGAGAACGCCAUAGAGACGAUGGAGUCCACCAAUGAGAAGAUUCUGACCAUGAUUAACCAAUAUCAGGCUGAUUGGACCCUUCCCAUCAACCCCCUCUCUAUGCUGCUCAAUGGCAUCGUGGACCCAGCUGUCAUGGGCGGCUUUGCCAAGUAUGAAAAGGCGUUCUUUACCGACGAGUACAACCAGCAGCACCCAGAGGACAGAGACAAAUUGCUGCGCCUCAAAGACCUCAUCGCAUGGCAGAUCCCUUUACUGGGAGGGGGGAUCUCGCUCCAUGGGAAGAGAGUGAUGGAUGACCUGCGUCCUUUCCAAGAGCGCAUGGAGGAGUGUUUCAAGCAGCUGAAGAAGAAAGUGGAGAAGGAGUACGGAGUGAGAGAGCUGCCGGACAUGGAUGAGAGGAAGUCCACUCGUCCUCGCUCCAUGCUGCGCUCCAUUCGUCAGUCCAUCAUCUCCAUCUCCUCACUGCAGGGAUCUGAAUGUGGGACUCUAACUAAGCUCCAUGCAGACAGGGAUUCCCCCCCAGAGUCGCCCUCCUGGACCUCCACCUUGUCACGCUCCAGCGGCAGCAUCAGUGCAAGUGCAGUGGUGACGGUGGGGGAUGCAGAGGUAAAGCUGAGGAAGAGUAAGAAGAAGAAGAAGAAGAGGAGCAGCAUGAUCUUCAUCACAGAGGAAAGAGAUAGGACGAGUACACUGGACUCCAAACGGCUGUCCAAGAAACAGGAGUUCCGCAGUGACACCAACCUGUCUGAGCCGAAUGAAGGAAAGGUGUUGCUGACCAACGCCAACUCCAGAUCCCUGCCCGCCAUCACAGGUCUGUCCUUGGCGGUGAUGGGGGGUGCAGAGGAGCUGGACUCUGUCAGAGCCAAGAGGGACAGUAAGAGCAUGUCUGUCUGUGUGAACUCUGACCGAACAGCCGACAGACGCUCAAAGGGCGUCAUCAACCUCCUCUUCAAGUCCAAGAGCUCCAAAUCAGAGGACGUGAAGCCCAGUGAUUCAGCCAAAGGCAGCGCCAAUCAUUUCUGAAAUCCUUUCUUUUUUUUCCUUGAGUUAUCUUUACGCGUUUGUUUUGCAAAGUUCACACAAACACAUUAUGCACACACCCACUCAUUCACUCAGUCUGACUGACAGUCUUGCUAUUGCCUUAAUAUAAUUGAUUUUACCUAUCAAUAAAGACUAUUUCUGUGGCGUGGCCUUUUCCUGGUAAUUCGAGUGAUUUCCACUGAAGCUAAAUGCCAUCUUACAGCUCUUCAAUCAAUUCUGCUUCCACAAGAACGAGCAAACACAAACAUGCUGCCGCCGUGCUUGAUUAAAAAGCUUCUUAUUAUACGUUUUUCAUCAUUGUUGUGACUGACUGAAGUUAAUGGGAAAAUAAUCACUUGAUGAAGCACAAAGGUUUACCGUGUCAUCCCAAAGGAUUUUAAACACACUGCCAAAAGGCUUUGGAGCUGAUACAACAAACAAAGUCUAAUACAUUCACAAAUAAUAGGGAGCAACAAACCUUGAAGCCCACUGUACAAAGACUACAGCGUGUGUUGUGUGCUCACAGAGACGAGACAAAACGGUUUAGCUUUUCUUUUUUUAAACCUAAAUCAUAUUAUAUAUUGUGCAUGAGUUGGAACAACUAUUUAAAUUUUUUUUUAAAUCUUAAAACGUGAAGCUUAAAAGGAAUAGUGUGUUUCCUGGCUCUAUUGAAUGUAUGUUCUAGUCUUCACAAAAUGAAUGCCCUUUUAUAUUUUGUUAUGUAGAUAUGGUGCAUUAACAGUACAAUUUAUUAGAAAAAUGUCACAUGUUAAUUACAUGUGAUGGAGUAAAUGUAACUAGUUACAACUUCUUAAAUGCCCGUUUCCUGAAAUGUUGGGCGAGUGAUUUAUUAUUUUACGAUGUCAUAGAUUUGGUUUGGUCUUUUGUGCUUGUCACUGGUAAUCUGUGUUGAUGUUGCUAGACACGAGCACAUUGGUUCCCCAAAUAAUCUGAACGCUGAGUAAGAGGGAGUGUAAACAAUGUAAGUAAUAAAGGAGGGACAGGUCUGCAGGGGCACAGAUCUCCCUGGAUCGGAGGAACUUUUGUCAUCCAGAGGAAAAAAAGUCAAGUCAAAGUCCAGAGAGUGUUGAGAUGAUUUUGUCUUUUCUCCUGCAGCAGAAGAAAGAACGUGAGGAGGAGAAACAUCGCAGCCUUUAGGCCAGUGUGAAACUUUAUUGUCUUCACUCUGCUCGCUGGUGAUACCCACGGGUACAGUCAACCUGCAGGCCCGCCCUGAUCCAUAGAACACACCGCUUCAACGUCCUGACAGGUAGUGACGAGGUGAAGCUGGCAGGAUAUUAACUGAAGUCUUACUUUCUUCAUUGACUUUAGUGACAUUUUAAUAAAAAUAUUGAGAUCAAUUCUUAAAAUAAGACCGACUGUUGCAUACGAUGAAUAUGAAUUAGUGGCCAGGGCAGUAAAUCAGAGAGAUAACAAAUCACCUACAUUGUAAAAAUGUAAUUACGUAAGGAAAAAAAUGAUUCAUAUAUGUGGAUGAAUGUCUCCCAUUUGCCCUAUGGUGGUAUUAUUUCCUCACAGCCUCUGAGCUCUGUCCUGUAGGAGUACAGACAUUCAGAGGACGAUUACGAACAACGGAGACAUUUUCCUUUCUCUUAUUAAAACUGUCAUUAUCUGGUGUUUCUCUAUUUAAAGUUGCAGAAUAGCCUUAUACAAUUCAUCCAAGUCCUGUACUGCAAUACUUCAGUCUGGGAUGUGGAUCUUCUGAUCAAACCAUUGCUCCACCACAGAGUGAUGAUAUCAGUAGAGCAAGAAAGGGAUGGAUGGGUGGCUCAGUCAAAUGAUAUGCGCUGUGUGUGUUCACAAGGGAUGAAAGCGCCGCAUUGGAUCACUGACCAACAGAUUAAUUCCCUUCUAAAAUACCAAGACUGUCUUGCAAAGUUACCUAAAUACGAAUCAAUAAAAUCUCUUGUGUAUGAAGUGAGAAAUGUGUAAAACAUUGACUUUUAAAAGUACCACCAAAGAAUCAUUAAUGGCGCUUGGCUUCAUUUAUUAUAUUCAUAUCAAAGUUAAUGAUCCUGCUCUGUGGCUUCUUGGGUUCCCCGAUGGUAAACAUGUCAAAAACUCAAGACACAACUCCUGCAAUUAUGAUGAAGUGUUACUUUGAGCCUCUGUUGUGUGGUGCCUUGUCCUAAGAAUUUCAGUGCCCAGUCUGACCCUGUGUCAUUCUGUGUAUCUGACAAUAAAAGACUUGACUUGACUUGACUUGACGGGAU